AGAUGGAGGAGGACAGCUCAGUAGCGGCUCUCGACAAUGUUGUCACCGAAUUCCAUACUUAUGAGGACUUUCUUGACUCCCAAAUCACCUCUAUGGAUUUAUAUUACUUAGAGGAUGAGGAGCUGGCUCGUCAGCUGGUGGAGCUGGGCUACAGGGGCAGCGGGGAGGUCCUGAGGAGGGAGGAGUUUGAGACGAGGAAGGCUGCAGCAGAGGCCUCCAGACUCUCCAAGAGGGGCCAGAGACAGACACUGGCAAGUGCAGGAAAGGAACUGAAAGAUAACUUCCUGAAAGCAUUGGCCCAGCGUGAGGAGGCUAACCGCAGUGGGCUAAUGACUUCAAUUAUUUUUAUAAGGGAUCGAAAUGCUCUCGGACAGGAAAUAUCUGGCUAUAUGGACUACUCCCACAGACUGAAAACUGAAGAAUUCGAACAAUAUUUCAGUGGAAAGAAGAGGCUUCUGCCAAGAUCAACGGAUUUAAGCUUCUAUAACUGGGACACACAAGUGUCCACCUCCAACCCAAGUGCCAACUACCAGGUGAUCGCAGAGAACUCCUCAGGUCUGCUCUUCAAGAACAAGAGAGACCGAAAGAUCCUCAACGUUGAUCCAAAGGUGUCUCCUGGAGACAACUCCACCCGGAUCCCUCUCCAGUCAGACCUGUACACUCAGGUGGUCAUCUACGACCACACCACCAGGAGGAAGGCCUAGGGCUCUGCCCGGGCACGCUGCACUCAAACACGGAUUGAAAAGCACCACAAGCCUCUCAUUUCAUCUACAUAAAAGUUGUUUUAGUGCCUUGUUAGAGGACGUGUCGUUCCUCGUAUCAAGCGUACCAUCUGGGUGUGGGAAGGGUUGCAGUGUUCAGGCUUUGAUAGGCUAGGAUCGGCACAAUGAUAAACACAAUUGAUAUAAUUUUGCACCCUAACCCAAGUUGAGUGUGUUUGAGGUGUGUGGAUGUAGCGUUUCAACUGCUGCCCCCCCCCCCAUACACACACACACACACACACACACACCCUCCACCCCUGUGUUUGUCCCUUAACUGUUAGUAACCCCAUGGGGCAGGCAAAGCCCGGUCUGUUUGUAUUCCCCAGAGCCCUGGGCCGGGCUGGGCCGGGCUGGGAGGCUGCAGGGGUUACCAGGCCGCUUCACCCGGCCUGCUCCCCUGUUUGUCUAAACAAACUGCAGACGUAAGGACUCAGGACGACGUCAGCUUGUAUGUCCUGUCCCUGGCUGGACGCCCAAAAUCCUGCCAGUCUUCACAGAAGGGAAAACGUACUUAAAACAUUCCUCAUGUUCCCAGAUAGCAGUCAGACAUGAGACAUCAAAGCACUCUAUCAUUUACAUAUCACUCAUUCAAUGACUAUUAUUUCAGUGGAGAGAAAGGGCGUUUACAACUAACUCUGUGGUGGUGGAGUGGUCUGGCUGUUUCGUUGGCACCCUUCUUCUUAGAUGUGUUUUCAAUUUGUUGUUUCCGCUGCUUUGAUUGUAGAUGCACAAAUACAUUACUCAAGGACAUGUCUAGAAGUGGGGGAUAUGUUUCAUUACCGAAAGACAACAGCAUGGUAUGCAUCAUUAAAUAUCCCGUACAUUUUGUUGUUUUGUGAAAAAGCCAUCGUGGUUUUUGACAUUCAUUUCACGCUGAUUGGGUUUGAAAUCUUAUCUGGAUUGGUGGCCAAUAAACUGGCAGAGGUUUUGCAUUGGUGAUUCCUGUUUGGCCUUAUUUGGUUUUGAGGCUUUCCACAGCCUGGUGCAGCUCAGGACUUUGACAUCAUAACCAAUCAGUGCCCCGGCCCCUAACCAUCCAGUCCCUGUUUUCCAUUUAAUCACAAGGAAGACCUCAAACGCUGGCUGGCGAAUGAGCGCCUCACCCACAUUUAGAACUGUUUAGCUUUACAGGCCACAGCCAUUCAUGUGGUGUAAUGGCAGUGAUGAAACUGCCCCCUUUGCUCUCAGAGAGCGGCACUACUCACCCAGACACAUACCAAUCAAAACAGCAGAUGUGCUCGUGAAAAAGACUUGAGGGAGGGCUUACAAACCAGCAAGUGUGUAUGCCUCCGGAAAUGCACUUUUAAAAGUUGUUUUACCUCACCAGAAGUCCAAAAACAGCUCACUGGAAUUUUGUCAGAUUGUGUGCCUAUGAAUAAUCAGGAUUUCACAAUAAAGUUUAAAUUAAAUGCUCGUAAUGAAAUGGCUGUAUACCUUCCAUUUCUUUUA